AUGUCUCAAUACAGCAACAAUCAAUAUGACGUCGUGGCUAUUGAUGCAGAGCCGUAUCAAUUCAAGCUGAUUCCUGCGCAUUGUGCUCUUAUCAUUAUUGAUAUGCAACGGGAUUUUCUAGAAAAUGGCGGCUUCGGUUCUAUGCUUGGUAAUGAUGUGUCACAACUGCGCUGUACCAUAGAACCUAUUCAGAAGUUGUUGGCAGCCUGGAGAAAGUCUGGACUAUUGGUUAUACAUACUCGUGAAGGUCAUCGUUCGGAUUUAUCCGAUCUUACGCCGACCAAGAAAGCCCGUGGACAACUUAAAAUAGGUAUCGGUGAUGAUGGUCCGAUGGGUCGCAUCUUGGUACGAGGCGAACAAGGACAUGAUAUCAUUCAAGAACUUUCUCCACUUCCAGGAGAGAUUAUAGUUGACAAGCCAGGAAAAGGUGCAUUCUAUGCUACUGAUCUGCACCUUAUCCUGCAAAAUGCAAGCAUCAAGCAGUUGAUUGUUACUGGAGUGACAACCGAAGUCUGCGUCCAUAGUACCAUCCGCGAGGCUAACGAUAGAGGCUAUGACUGUCUGGUUCUUAAGGAUUGUGUUGGAUCUUACUUCCCUCGAUUUCAAGAAAUAGCCCUCGAAAUGAUCAAGGCACAGGGUGGCAUUUUUGGUUGGGUAUCCAAUUCAACAACAGUUCUCAAUGCCCUUCGAUUGUGA